UACUUGUUCUAAGAUAUUUGGUUUGGCUGUAUUUUGUUGAAUAUAUUAUAAUAUUCACAGAAGGCCUACGUAUAAUUACUUUAGCUGCAGUAUAUUCAUCAAUUCCAGGAACUAGUUGAGAUAUCUAUCUGAACAUGCCCAAAGUGAGACGUAGCAAAAAGGCACCACCAGAAGGUUGGGAAUUAAUAGAACCUACUCUAGACGAACUGGAACAAAAAAUGAGAGAAGCGGAAACUGAAUCCCAUGAGGGGAAAAGGAAAAACGAGUCUCUCUGGCCUAUAUUCAAAAUACACCAUCAAAAAUCGAGAUAUAUUUAUGACCUGUUCUAUAGAAGAAAAGCAAUCAGUCGAGAAUUAUAUGAUUAUUGCUUGAAUGAAAAUAUAGCAGAUAAAAAUUUGAUUGCGAAAUGGAAAAAGCAAGGAUAUGAAAACCUAUGUUGCUUAAGGUGCAUUCAAGUGAGGGAUACUAACUUUGGAACCAAUUGUAUUUGUAGAGUCCCAAAAGGCAAGCUUGAGGAGGGGCGCAUCGUGGAAUGUGUUCAUUGUGGAUGUAGAGGUUGUUCUGGAUGAAGAAUAUUUAUAUGUUUAGUUUUUUAUAUAGUUUGAUAAGUGUAAAGAAAAUAUAAUAAGAACGCCCUUAUGAUAGCUUGA